CAGGGAGCAGAGAGCAGCUCCCUUUAAAUAUGCCAGCAGAGGUGAGCACAGCUGGGAUCUGCAGAAGGAGCCGGCGGCAGGCCCAGCUGAUGCGCUCCUUGAGCUGCUGAGGGGAAGGACUCUGGACAUUUGCAAGUGUUGAUAACAUCGGAGCUCCAAGAACAGAAGCACCGGGCAGCCUAAACAGCGUUAGUGGAAAACGACAUUCCAACCUUCAGCACUUAACAACACCCGGGCUGAGCGAGAGGACGAGGAUGCUGCUGACGUGGGUUAUGUGGUUCUCAGCGCUCUGCGCCGCAGCACUCGGCUGCCCCACCAUCAUCACCCGCUCCCAGUGGGGGGGCCGGGCCCCAACAAGCAGGACCCAGCUGAGCACCCCAGUGCCCUACGUCAUCAUCCACCACACGGCAGGGACUUCCUGCACCUCACAGGCCUCCUGCAGCCAGGUGGUCAGGGGCAUCCAGAACUAUCACAUGGACUCAAACGGCUGGUCCGACAUCGGCUACAACUUCCUGAUCGGCGAGGACGGCAGAGUCUACGAGGGCAGAGGCUGGAGCAGCGUGGGGGCCCACGCCUACGGCUGGAACAGUAAUUCGUUGGGCUUCAGCUUCCUGGGCACCUUCUCCAGCAGAGCCCCCAACGCUGCUGCCCUGAACGCCGCCAAGAGCCUGAUCCAAUGCGCCGUCAACAGGGGCUCCCUAAGCAGCAGCUACACCCUGAAGGGGCAUCGCAACGUGAGCCAGACCGACUGCCCCGGGAACGCCCUCUACAAUAUCAUCACCCAGUGGCCCAGGUUCAAAGCCUGAGUCCCUGCAGCCUCGGGGCAGCCCCUGCGCCCAUCACUGACCCCGCCUGCGGCUUCUGCCUGCCCGAGCAGCACCUCCGCCCCCCAGCAGGGGGCAGCCUCCCACUUCUCGCCCACCAGCCUGGGAAGGACCCGUCAGGUGGUUCGCAGAGUCCCACAAAGGGGUUUUUAAUUCAAGUGCGAUUUGCCUCUAACCCAGCGCCCCUGCGGCUUAGCGCUUGCUUUGCUUGGGAGCGUCUGAGCAGUGACAAUAAACCAGCUUCUAACACAUGAAAA